AUGGUCGGCAUCCUAGGCUUUUAUUACCCAGAGCUAUGGGAACGACAGCAGAAAAUUCUCUACCGUGUGCGAAAUGAACUUGGGGCAGAAUUUGAGGAAAUGCCAUGGCUUGACUUCAAGGGUGCAUUCUUUGCAAUUGCAAUCAAGGAAGGUGGCAGUGAAAUUAACCAUUUAGAUUGGUCAGACGAUCCGAAAGGGUUGAUAUGGGUUGCACUUGUUGGAACCUGGAGAGGAGGAGACCUGAAGACAAUUGAGAUGGGGUUACAAACUUCGAUCGGACCUGGAGAUGCAAUAAUCACCAACAUGCGGGAAAUCGUACAUGCUGCAGCACCUUGUUUGAAAUCGGAUUAG